GGCUCGUGGGGUGUGAAGCAAUGCUGCCCCGGGGCCGCACAGUCACAGCCGUGGCACGGGGUCUGGGAGGAAAGGAACGAGCGAGCUUACGAAGGAAGGAGGAUCAUUCCCGGGUCUGUCUAGUUCUCCGGUUGAAGGAGGCAUUCCUCUUGGUGGUGAUGGUAGAAGGCAGUGCUCUGAACCCUGGCCAUCAGGAAUCCCCACCCCUUCUAAGGAGCCCCAGGACCUCCCCAGGGCUGAGCCCAAUGUUCAACCAGAGCCCCCUUUCUCAGAAAUCCUGGCUUUGCUCAACUCCCCAAUAUUUUUGGGACGAAUCAAGUAGACAGUGCUGUAGGAGCUGCCCAGCAGGGCAUUUCCUGGAAGCUGCCUGCACUGAGCCCCAAGGUCCUUCCUCCUGUUGACCCUGCCAUCAGGACACCUUCCUGUCUAGAGGGGACCAUAAUGCAAUGCAGUGUGCCCGAUGUCAACUCUGUGAUGAGGAUGGCCCUGCCCAUCAGGUUGUUGUUCAGAACUGCUCAUCUGCGGCCAACACCCAGUGUGGCUGUGCUCCUGGCUGGUUCCCUGAGUGCUCUGUAAACCCUUGCCGGGCUGAUUCACCUUUCUUCUGUAUUCCAUGCCGGAACUGUUCAACUCUACACCGACACACACGGUUCCCUUGUUCUGGAAAAGACACUGUUUGUGGGAAGUGUUUGCCAGGCUUCUGUCAGGACCAGAAGAACAGUUGUGUUCCUGAGCCCUGCCCCAUUACUGAGAGCGAAAAGGAACUGUCCACAGUGCCCAGCCCAAAGGCCACUCGUAACCUGACUCCCUACCCCCAGUCUGCAGGGGUCUGGCUCCAGUACUUCUUGGUGGUGCCUACAUCGCUAACAGUUCUGCUCUUGCUAGGAUGGGGCCUGUUCUACAGCUACCGGAAAUUCUGGGUCCCAAAGCCCCAGGCUCACUAUGAAACGGAAAUGGAAGCCUUGAAACGCCAGUGGGUACUCAACCCUUCACCUGUAGGUCGACCUUCCCUGGCCCUGAACAGGUACAAUGAGGUGUGUGCCCUACAGCUUGUGGGGAACCGUGGUCCUAGCAGCCCUCCACUAGCCCGGGAAGUCACGGGCCCAGAAGAUGCAUGGCCUGUGCUCUGGGGCCAACCGCCCAACAGAGGCAAUGGUCCUGGGGCCGGCACUCUCCAGCCCGGCCCACAGCUGUAUGAGGUGAUGGACUCGGUGCCUGCGCGGCGCUGGAAGGAGUUCGUGCGAACCCUGGGGCUUCGGGAGGCGGAGAUCGAGGCAGUGGAGGCGGAGAUUGGCCGCUUCCGCGAUCAGCAGUACGAGAUGCUUAAGCGGUGGCGCCCGCAGCAGCCCGGCGGCCUGGGCGCAGUCUACGCAGCCCUGGAGCGGAUGGGUCUGGAAGGCUGCGCCGAAGACCUGCGCAGCCGGCUGCAGCGGGGCCCGUGACCGUGACCACGACCGAGACAGAGAAGGGACUGGCGUCUUCUUGGCACCCUGCCUCUCUCCUUCCCUCCGGCCCGCCGGCCGGAGGCCGGGGAAGGAAAAAAAAAGGCGGCUCAGGCCCCUGAGGGGGCGGCCGCCCGAAGCCCUAAGUAUGGUUACUUAAGUCUGUAGACAUGUUAUGUCACUUCCAUCGCCCCUGAUUUGGAGCGGCUAUUCCCUUCCCCUCCCCUUCCUCCCUCUCCAAACCCCAGGUCGGACAGACACCCGUGUCUGUGCUCGGACAGAGGGCGUUAACCCCUCUCAUUGCUUGGAGGCUGGCCG